AUGCAGUCCGUACUUCAACCCGUAAUCGGUCCCAAAAAGGAGAUCCACGAUCUCACAGGCCGAGUCGCCCUAGUGACCGGCGGAGCCCUGGGCAUCGGAUAUGAAAUCUCUCGCGCCUUCGUGCUAAACGGCGCGCGCGUCAUCAUGGUCAACCGCAAAGAAGAGCAAGGCCAGUCCGCCAUCGACAAGAUCAAAGAGGAGGCCGGGCCCGACGCCAAAAUCGAAUGGAUCCCCUGCGACAUGGGCAAUCUAAAAGAAAUCAAGGAGGUGUUCUCUGGGAUCCGGGAGCGAGAGAGCCGACUUGACCUUCUCAUUCUCUCCGCGGGCAUCAACGUAAACCAGUACGGCGAGACAACGGAUGCGCUAGACCGACACUUCGAGGUGAAUUUCCUCGGCCAGUUCUACGUCGUCAACCAGCUUUGGCCUCUGCUGCGCAAGACGGCCAAGAUUCCCGGUACGCCGCCGCCGCGGGUUGUCUUCGAGUCCUCGGAGCAGCACCGCAAUGCGCCCAAGGUGGUGCAUUUCGGGUCUGUGGAGGAGAUCAACAAUCCCGAGAUUGGCAGCACAGAGGUGUACGGCCGGACGAAGCUGGCGAUUAUCCUGGGGGUCAAGUAUGGGCUUGUUGAGCGGGUGAUUAAGCCGAACAAGGAUAAUAUCUAUGCGCUUUCGGUGCAUCCUGGCGCGGUCAACACGGCGAUGCAGCAGCAGUGGAAAGACGCGUACCCCGGUUUACUUGGCAAGCUGCUCACGACUGCUAUGCUGGCUGUGGGCCGGAACGUCGAGCAGGGCUCGUACAGUGCGUUGUAUGCGGCGACGAGUCCGGAGAUCGAGGAGAGGGGAUGGAACGGGUACUACUUUAGCGAUGUGGCACAGCCAGGGAAGGAGUCGGCGCAGGCGUCGGACCCGAUGCUGGGAGCUGCGCUGUGGGAUUUGAGUCAUCGGCUCAUUAAGGAGAAAGUUGGAGAGGAUGGGCUGGUAGAUUGGAAUGCUUAA